AUGGCCGCCGCUGCCGCCGCUGGGGCCCCCACGCCGGAGGCCUCAGCGCCAGCGGGGCGGCCGCGGAGCGCCGCGCCGAGCCGGCCGCAGCGCAGGGCGCCAGGGCGGCAGCUGCGCCCCUCCUCGGCCCAGCACCUCGGGGAGCGGGCGUGCGAGCAGGCGGCCUGGCACCUGUUCCACCGCCUGGACCCGCUCAAGAAGAACGCGGUGAGCCAGGCGCAGGUGGCCCUGCUGUGGCCAGCACUGGCCGCCCACGCGGAGGCGGGCGUCGGGGCGGCCAUCGAGGCCAGCCUGCUGGAGGGGACCGCGCCCCUUGGCUUUGCAGAGUGGAUGCAGGUGGCUCGUGCCCUGUGUGAGGUGCUCGGGCACCGCAGGCUGCGCCACAACUUCCAGAAGGCCGAGGCGCUGCUGAACCUGGUCCAGCAGGACAAGCCGCCGCUCCCGGUGCCCCCCAGGUCGUCAUCGGCGGCUUCCACGGCACCGAGCGGGCUGCUGCCGGAAGCGUCGGCCUCGGGCGUGCAGCUGCCCCAACUGCCCCUGCCGAAACAGCUCCCUCUGCCGCAGCGCCCCGCCUCGGCGACCGCGAGCACCCCGGUGCACCCGUCAGUUGGUGCCCUAGCCGUCGGCUCCCAGAGGCCAGAGAUGCCAAGGUGCCCGAGCGCUGGGCCGCUGGGCGGGCUCGCCGGGCCCCCUGGUCAGGCGGCGCAGCGCCCCCAGAGUGCUGCGGGGGCCCAGGCUCAUCCGCCUCGCCUCGGCGCCCCUGCCCCCCACGCCGUUCGGCUUGGCGAGGAGGACCCCCUCGCGAAGAGCGGCGCGCAGGCGCAGCGGCAGUCCCGAGCAGUCGAGGAGAUCCGGGCACUGGCGGCGUGGAGCCGCGAGCCGCGCCAGUACCUCGCCAUGAAGCGGAGUGGCGUCAGGAGUCCGCAGCGGACCUUCCUGUUCCCGCCCCCCUCCGCCGAGUUGGCAUCCGAACCGCCAUCAGACGGCAGGAGGCGGCAGGAUGGCGGUGAGGUGCCGUACCAGGCCUUUGCGGAGGAGCGGGCUGCUGCCGAGCAGGCCGCCAUUGCCGAGCGGGCCGCUGCAGAGGCAGAGCGGGCCGCCGCCGAAGCUCUGGCGGCGGAGCGGGCCGCCUCCCUGGCGGCGGAGCGUGCCGCCGCCGAGCGGGACGCCCUCGAGGCCUUGGCCGCCGAGGCCCUGGCGGCCCUGGUGGCAGAGCGUGCGCUGGCCGCGCAGGCGCAGCAGCAAGCUGCCGCGCAGGUGGCGCGGGAGGGCGGGGCCGGCGACGUGGCCGCCGCGGCGCUGGCGGAGCAGGGCGCCACUGCCGCGGAGGCCCGUCGGAGUCCCUCGUCGGAGCAGCACCUCGGCCUGCAGGGAGAGCUGCAUCCCGGGCAGCAGCCGGAGGAGCAGCGGCUGGAGCUUCGCCCCGACGAGGAGCCUGAGCAGCGUCUGGAGCAGCGCCCCGAUGAGGGGCCCGAGCAGCAGCCAGGGCAGCGGUCCGAGGAGCAACCUGAUGGGCGGCCCGAGCGGCAGCCUGAGGAGCAGCCCGAGGAGCAGCAGCCGCCGCAGCCCGAGCAGCAGGCGCUGCACCGGAGUGGAAGCAGAGGCCACCGCCACACUGGAGCGGCCGAGGACGAUGGCGAGGUGCCCCGCCCUCAUCCCGAGGGUGCUGUCGACCCGAGAGGGGACGGCGUCGCCCCGAGGGGGCGGUCGUCCUCCACGGGGUGCCUGCCGCCGUGGAAGCCUGCGGGCAGCAGGUCGGCCAGCUGGCGCGACUCCGGGGGAGGGCCCCUCCUGGCGCAGGCGGGGCAGAACGCCUGGACCUCCUGGGUGCCCGCGGAGGGUCCCGCGUCGCUGGCGGACCAGGCCGAGCGGCGCAGCCUGCGCGCCGUGGCGCGCGAGAGCCACUCGCGCCCCUGGCUGCGGCACUCCGCCGCCGCCGCGCAGGCCUGCCGCCUGGAGGGCGAAGACCCCGAGGACGGCCUGGACCUGAGGUUUCAGAUGCCCCCCUUCGUCAGCUCGCAGGUCGACUCCUACAAGGCGGACCUGCGCGACGAGUUCCGGCGCCUCGGCGCCAGCACGGGCGCUUUAGCGAGGGUCUGGCUGGCGCUGGAAGUGGGCGGUGCGGUGGUGCAGGUGCGCGGGCCCCACCCUGCGGUGGAGGAGCUUCGGCAGCUGCCUCUGGCCAGGCUGAACCUGAGAGGGUACCGCGCGCUCGUGGACUUGCACCCGCUGGGGGUUUCCACCAAGGCUGGUGAGGGGCUCGAGCGUCGCUCGAGGGCGGCCGUGCGUGACCUCGAGCAGAGCCCGCGCGGGCGCGACGCCGCGCCCGCUCAGCAGCAGGAGAGCGCACCGCCGCAGGCUGCGAAGGCGGCCCCCGCCGGGGGCGCCGAGGCACGCGCCGCUGCGCCCGUGCGGGACGAGGCGCCCGCCGAGCCUCGGCGGCAGUCCGUGCGGCCGCGCAGCGCCGGGCCGGCGGGCUCCGUGGGGCCGUGCGCGCAGCUGGCGCAGCUGGCUGCGCGGCGGGCGCCGCUGCGCGGGCCGCCGCCGGGGGCCCCCGCGUCCGGCGGUGCGGGCGGCGCGCCGAAGCUGUGGGAGCCUGGCGGCUUCGACGCGCGGGUCGCGGAGACCCAGGGCAGCGCUGGGAGAAUCGGGAAGGCGAGGGCUGCGUUUCACACUUUGAAGCUCGUAUGGCGGCAUGCCACCAUUCCACGAAGACGCAAGCUCAUGUUGUUUCGGGCGUACAACAUAACCAAGCUGACCUACGGCAUCGAGACGCUCUGCCUCAAGAGAGCCGACCAGGACAAGCUCGAUGCCUUUCAAGAGAAAUGCUUGCGACAAGUAUUGGGCAUACCACACUCCAUGGUGUCGCGGGUCACGAACGCAGAG